AUGCAACAACCCCCGUCUCUCAGUUGGUGGCAGAGGCUUGCUUUUCUCCUUACCUUCCAGCAUCCCGUCCAUAAGUACAACCCUCUUACACAGGCAGGUCCCUUGAGCUUUGAUGACGAGGUUGAGCUGACUUCUGAGAACAAGCCGCGCGGCCUCCAGACGGAGGGAACUGGAGAAGCAACAAAUGCUUCAGAAAGCGAGGGUGCAGAAGGCUUUCCGGAUGAAGUCAUGAUCAAUACGGACUUGUUGCAGAUGGGGGACGUUGCCCCUGAAGUGUUGCAUGUCGACGAGAGACUCGUUUCAGGAGAAGGACGAGGCGUGGCAAAGCUGGCUGGUCAGCGGGUCAUCGGAGGCAGCAGAAAUGCUUCUCAUGCCGACGCUUACAUCAAAGUAGAGGUGAUCGGGGAUGCGUCAGUGCUGCAAACGCUGCUGCGCUUGGUAAACAUCGGCCAGCAGCAGCAACCGCCUCUUCAGAAAGCGGCAGAGACAUUCGCUGCUUACUUUAUUCCCGUCGUGCUGUGCAUAACUACUGUUGCUGUCAUUUCUUGGACAAUCAAAGUGUUCGGUGCAGCUGACACACUUCCUCUAUCUCCUCUCCAGCAGAUGAAGCAACGCCUAAUUGAGCUAGAGCAGAGCGAGGGCAUAUCAUCCAGACAGCAGAGCCUGAUGCUGCAGAGGCUGCACCUGGAGCAGCAGCGUCAACAGCACAUUGAAUCUUAUAGCAACUUUUUGAGGGCUUCGGGCAGUCUCCCGCCACCGUCCGUCUCAAUCGUGGACGCCACUUCAGUGGAUGAUCAUGCAGCAGCAGCAGCUGCUGCUGCGGCCUGCCGUCUCUCGGGGUGGGUGGUGACGUGGGACAGCUUGUUAUUUGCUUUGCGAUUUGGAGUAGCUGUAUGCUGCGCCGCUUGUCCUUGUGCCAUUGGGCUCGCUGCUCCUGCUGCUGUGGCUGCGGCAACUGCCGCUGCUGCAGCACGAGGUGUGUUUUUUAAGACUGGGAAAUCACUGGAAACAGCAGCAAGGGCGAGCCUCCUCGUCGUUGACAAGACCGGAACCCUGACCACCGGUGAACUGCGUGUGCGCCUUGUGAAACCACCUGUGAACACCACCUGUGAAUGA